AUGUCCAUUGUCUCCGGGCUAGGGCAGUCGCCUGUCUUUCGACUCCGGCAGACUUGGGGUCUUGUCAAUCCGCGCAUUCGCAAUCUACUCGAUGAGCUGCGCGAUUUGAUGUCGAGUGAGAAGAAUUGGGCCAAGUACCGGGAGGUGUUGCGCCAGGCUAGUCCGCCUUGUGUUCCUUUUCUGGGAAUCUACCUCACAGACCUAACAUUCAUCGACGACGGCAUCCCCGAUCUCACACAAUCAGGCAUGAUCAACUUCGCCAAGCGCACCAAAGUAGCAGAAGUCCUACAAGACAUCCAACAGUACCAAAACAUGCCAUACAAUCUGCAAUCGGUACCCGAGAUCCAGGAUUUCCUGAUCAGGAACCUCAGGGCCACGAAGGAUGUCAGCGACAUGUAUGACCGAAGCCUUCAGUUAGAGCCGCGCAUGGCGAACGAGGAGAUUGUCGUCAGACGUGGCGCUCAUACGGCUACGGGUAGCAAUAUGAGCUCGGUGAUUAUUGCUAGUAUGGCUAUGCGGUGA